CACAGGAGACCACUCAGCCAACAUGAACCUUUUCUGCUUUUCGCUGGAGGGGUCCAUGGACAGCCUGUAUGAGGCGGUGCAGAGCUCCAAUGAUGGUCCACCUCCGCCCAUCCCCAGCCGUUCUUCCAGCCGCACAUGCAGCCGCUCCUGCAGCCGCUCCUGCAGCCCAGCGGUCCUUGCUGGAGGACAACACAAAGUGGCAAGGCUCGGGGAAAUCUAUCUCUAUGGACAUGCCUCACUUGCAGGGCGUCAACUCUAAUAAAAAGAAAAGAAGGACACAUAUAUCCAAAUCUGCAUCAGAUAAUGACACACUAGAUAACCCCGGCUGUAAUACUGCGGUCUGGCAGCCCGCCAAGAGCCGAGAAGAUUUAGUCCACAUCGCCAACAAUCACAAUGAAGGAAGACUAAACACAGAACAGAAACCAAAGACGGGAAAGGAGCACAUCAUUCUGGCACAAAGAAAAAGGAGAAACCACAUUCAAGCCAGAGUAGCCACACCAAUGGUGUGGCAACAGAGUCUAAACCUGCUGUCAAAAGGAACCAAAAGACUGGAAAGAAAGCAGGUGGGAAGAGCGGGAAAGAGGGGUCAAAGAAAAGUCACUAACUCCGCAGCGCACUCCCCACCUUGUGCUAUGAGCCCACCCAUGGGACCCCACUAUCUGGACGUGCCCUACAGGUCAGACCGGAGGCUCUACCUAGGCAAGUCCUCCACCCUCCCUGCUCAGGAGAACACAACCCCGGGCCGAUGCGCAGACAUGGCCACCCUCCCUGGUGGAGCGACACCAACCCAUACCCAUCACCAGCGCUGGAGCAACCCAGGUGACAGCAGUCCUGCCUGGGGGACAAUCCAGCACACCUGCCGCAGGCCGCUCACAGAGUAUCGCAUGUACUCCCAUGACUUCACCUCAUCCCCUGUGAAGGAGUGGGAAGAAAGACAGCAGCAGGAAGCGGCCCAGGAUGACAGCGUGAAACAGGACUGUAAACCCCCGAUUUCCCCAAACAUACCGCGAUCUAUGACAGAUGUGGACCUAUCAGAACCAAAUGUAAGUUCAACAUAG